AUUACCCUUUACAUUUAUAAUAACUUUAUAUAUAUAUUUUUUACAUUUUGCAAUUUUCCCUGCCAAGGAAAACUGUCGGAAAGCCAAACACGGAACCACCACUAUCGUCCCAAGUCCUCACUGCCUGUCCAGAAAAGCAUCCACAUAUAGUGUACGAAGUACGAAGUGAAGUUUUUCUUUGAAAUUCCGGCUGAGAAUUGGGUUAGUAGUAAGUAAAGAUAACAUUUUUGGAGUUAUAUCUAUUAGCUUUUUGCAAUGAUAUUGCCAUUAGCGAAGCUGGGUUCACUUGCUCUCAAAACAUUCUGCAAACCUAUCGGCAAACGCCUCAAGAAAGAGGCCGGCAUUCAUCCCGAGUUCAGGCAACUCAUCAUCAAUCUUGCCCAGACGAAUCAUAGAUUCACAACGAAGUUGCAAAGGCGUAUCUAUGGACGUGCAAUUGAUGUUGCGAUUCGCCCUCUAAAUGAAGAAAAGGCUGUUCAACUUGCUGCUGAUCUUCUAGGGGAACUGUUUAUAUUUACGGUUGCAGGAGUUGCUGUCAUCUUAGAGGUGCAAAGAAGCGCCCGGUCAGAAGCUAGGAAGGAGGGAUUGCGUAGGCAGGAAAUCGAGGCAAUGAAACAACGGGACGAAGAGCUAGCUAGAGAGGUCGAGAUCCUCAGAAAUAGAGUCCUUGAGCUGGAGCAAGGACUGGAGAGUUUUUUAAAUUUCAAUAGCAUCGAUAACAAGGCAAAAGCUAGCUGGCAUUGACAACGUCUUUCCAGAUUCCAGAUGUCGAAACUCUGAUCACGUUCUACCCCGGGUACACUCGAGUUUUACAGUUCAACCCACCCGACUAUUGUAUCAAGGUCUUCAUAUGUUCUUUUAAAGGAAGCCGCUAUCUAUAUCUAUAUAUAUAUAUAUACAUGCACAUGAAAUAUGUAGAUAGGAAUGUAGAACAACUGAACAAGUAUUUGCGUAAUAUAUAUAGCUCAUAUUUUGCAACA